UUCAUUGAUCUCUAUCUGAGAUUUCAUUUCUUAGUGUAUAGUAGUCUAGGGAGUCUCCCCCAACAAGGAGACGGGCAUAUGUCGUCUGUAACUAGCCUAGGUGCGGAAGAAGAAGCCAUUCCGCCAAACUCAAGCUCCAUCUCCCCGAGGAGUCCCCCCCAGUACGGUCUUCUGUGCUUUCCCGGGCAACAUUGCCAAAAUCUGACGGCGCACGCAAAAUGCAAACGAUUAAGUGCCGCAUUAGAGAUGCCUAAUAGCUCAGACUCGAGACAGAGCAGGCCAAGGUCUUCGCACUCGCCCCUCGAAACGGUCAGCUAUUCUGCUGUCCAUCCCGAGCUAGCCACUGCCAAUAGCAUCCUACACCAACAAUGGGGAGCAACUCCCACCCAUUAA